CUUCUCCGAAUUUGACGAUGCUGGUCUUGCUGGAGUAGGGGAAUAAUCAUAGCGAGAGAAGGAGCCGAGCAGCUUUGUCUGCAGGUCGACGUACCACCACCACCAUCACCCCACGCCACAUACCGCUACAACAGCACAACACAACACUGCCCAGCUGCGCUCGAAAACAACACCGUCGUCCCGAGCGCGUCGCGCGCGAAAGGCAUCACCAUGGCCUUCCUCUUUGGCCGCAGUCGGCAGCGGUCUGCGCUUGACAUGGUCAAGACAGUGAAAGAUCUGCUACAGAAACUCCCGCGGGAAGAUGGCCAGACUUCAAAGAUCGAAGAAGAGCUGGCGCGUAACCUCUCACAGAUGAAAGUCACACUUCAAGGCACACCUGAAGUCGAAACCUCGCCCGAUCAAGUCUACCAGCUCGUCUCCGCGAUCCUCUCAGAACAGCUGCUCCCUUACCUCGUCGACAGUAUAUACCGCCUACCGUUCGAGGCAAGAAAAGAUACGCAAACAAUCAUAUCCAAUGUCUUCAGAUGGCGAAGUCCGGGCAGUACGUCCAGCGAACCCGAUGCUCUGAAAGAGGUGAUACGCAAACAACCUGAGAUUAUAGUUGCGUUAUGCAGUGGCUACGAUCGCAGAGAAAGCGCCUCAGCAUGCGGAGGCAUUCUCAAAGAAGCUUUGAAACACGACGCUGUGGCAGCAGUGAUACUGUAUGACGAACCCUCUGAAGACGGCAAAACAAGAGACAUCUACAACGACGUCGACGUCUCACAAAAGGUCACCGGAAAAGGAGUCUUCUGGAGCUUCUUCACCUGGAUCGACAAAUCCUCCUUCGAAGUCUCCGCCGACGCCUUCGAUUGUUUUCGCCUAAUACUCACGAAACACAAACCCCUCGUGGCGCAAUACAUCAACACGAAUUUUGAUAUGUUCUUUCAGAAGUACAAUGAGAUUCUGAUAAAAUCGGAUUCUUAUGUUACCAAGAGACAAUCUAUCAAAUUGCUCGGAGAGGUCUUGCUGGAUCGCCAGUUCUAUGAGGUUAUGUGUCGGUAUGUGGAGUCGGGCGAUAAUUUGAAGUUGGUCAUGUGGCAGUUGAAGGAUGAUAGGAGGAUGGUGCAGUAUGAGGCUUUUCAUGUUUUUAAGAUCUUCGCUGCCAACCCGAACAAGUCCUCAGAAGUUCAGAAAUUCUUGAUCAUGAAUAAAGCGCGACUUCUAAAAUUCUUGCCGCGGUUUCUGGAGGACCGAACAGACGACGAUCAGUUCAAUGACGAGAAAGCAUGGCUGGUGAAGGCCAUUGGCAACCUACCUGAUACAACUGCCGGGAUACGUCCAAGUACAGCAACAGCGAGUCCAGCCCCGAGUAGUGGAGUGCCGCAGCAGAGCACUGGUGCUCAACAAGUGCGAUCAUGA